AUGAAGAAGAUUUCGCGGAUUUUGUCUCGGCGGCGGCCCGAUGACGCCGCAGACUCAGACUCGGAACGGUCACGACGCCGCGCGGGCUCGCCCACGGCCAUGCCUCCGCCGGCGGCCACGGGCUUCCACCAGCUGCCCUUUCGACGGGCCACCGGCAGCGAGGUCGCCCUGGCGAGGACGCAUCGCAAGCUGAGCGCCGGCGUGGGCGGGGGCUGCGUCGUGGCCGACGGCUCCCGGGACGACGACGCCGGGCAGCAGAGCGGCCGCCGGGGGCUCCUCACCAAGACGUGUCCGCGGUGCGCGGCCGCCGACUUCCCGCGGCUGCUGGACUGGAAACACGGGCAGCCGAGGCCGUGGGUGCCGCUGUCGCAUGUUCUCCUGCCGCCGCCGGGGCUGCCGCCGUCGCCGCCGUCCGAUGGCGACUCGCAGAGGGGACUGACGCCGCCUGGCGCGCCGCAGUGUCCGUUUUGCGUCUUCUUCAGGGCCAUGAUUGGGCCUGUGCCGGCCGUGGGCGACGGCACCGCCAAGUUUCACCCGUAUCUGAGGAUCAGACGGGCGUUUGAGCGGCUGGAUGGCGUCGGGGAGAGGCAUGAGCUUGCUGGCUCCGUCAUGAUCGAGGUCAUGACCAGGAAGAGGAGCCUGCCGUGGGGGUAUCUCGUCAAGGCCGACGAGGACGAGGGCUGGUCGAGGUACGUCGAGGCGCAGGGCGAAGCGAGCAUCAGAGCGAGGGUCGUGCCGGCCAUGGUUGAUCCUGCGCUGCCAAGGUGCUGGCUGGAUUUCUGUAGGGAGAAGCACGCGGGCACGGCGUGUAUGGCGCCCGUCGAGAUGGUACGGGGGCUGAGGCUGGUCGACUGCACCGAGAUGCGCGUCGUCGCAGCCGAGGAGAUUCAGGCCCGUGGCGAGACGGACUAUCUUGCCUUGAGCUAUGUGUGGGCGCAGACGGAACUGGACUCAUCGCCUGACGCUCCGUCUGAUACUUCAGCCUCGACUCUCGGCCCGGAUGGCCGCUUACCGGAAAGCGUGUCGCCGUUGUUCGCCGACGCCAUCGCAUUUACACGCAGCCUUGGAUGUCGAUACAUCUGGAUCGACCGGUUCUGCCUACCGCUCCCCGCUGGCGAGCGCCAGAAACAGGUCGACGCCGUGGGCGAGAUAUUCUCCCAGUCCCUGCUGACACUCAUCGUCGCCGCAGAAGAUACCUCCCUCGGCGGCAUUCCCGGCCUCAGCACCCCCCGCGAGGAGCAGCUCUGCCUCAAAACCAAGACCGGCCUCUACGCAACCUCUCUCGUGCGGCCUGAUCUCGAAGUCGCUUCCUCGAAAUGGGCCUCCCGCGCGUGGACCUUUCAAGAGGGCCUGCUUGCCCGCCGCCGCCUCAUCUUCACCCCGUCGCAGAUGUACUUCCAGUGCCGCACCCUCCACUGCCACGAAUCGCUCUCCCUACCUCUCCGCCUCGCGCCCUCGAUCUCCCUUGGGCGCGUGUUCCCAGCCGGCGACGGAUGCCCCCGGCAACCCGGCCAGUUCAAGGACCUCAUCAAGACCUACAUGUGCCGCGACCUGGCCGACAACGAAGGGCGCCUCGACGCCCUCCGGGCCCUCCUCCGAGAGUACGCGCGCAUGGGUGGCCUUGCGGUGAAACAUUUCCUCGGUCUGCCGCUGUUUCAUCCAGACGACUUUGUGACGAACAGGGUCGUUAGCGAAACGGAUCGCCUGGCCGCCGGCCUGGGGUGGAUCUGCGACUGGACGGGGUCGGUCGAGCCGUCGUGCCGCAGGACGGCUUCGUUCCCGUCGUGGACGUGGCUGGCCUGGAAUCUUCGAGAAGGUCUCACGGCCGCGGAUAGCAAGUUUGCCUUCAACCUCGUGGGGGGUGUGUCGCCCAUCCUGCACGGCGUCUCCGCGGCGCCCAGGAUGGAGAUCUCCGUGGGGUUCAAGGACGCCGCCGUCUUGUCGUGGGAGAUUGACGGGGACGCCAUUUCCAAGAAGAGCGAGGCCAUUGCGUUUCUGCGCCUCGAGACCUUCUCCUUUGACCUGGAGUUCACGGUGGAGGAGGCGCAGGCGAAACUGGGGGACGUUGCGUUGGCGAGCGAAAACAGAGCGCUUGUUGAGGCCAUGAUCACGGCGUCCUUGUCGGGACAAGAGGACGGGGCGUCGGGGUUUGCGUGUCUGGGCGUCCUGGUGUCGGGGCGGAACUGGAAGGGGGGUACUGACUGUGCGGCCACGGCCUUGAUAUGCGGCAGACAGACGUCGGGCGAAGACGCUGGUGCGUGGAUUCGGCUCGGCGCUGUGGCGAUUGAGUGUGAGGCGUUUGUAGACGGCCCGGAGGAGGCUGUUCUGAAGGGGGUUGAGGUGGACGAGGGCCAGAAGAAGGACCUGAGUGUCCGGCUACGAGAACUUGACUUGUAUUGA